AUGGCGGGCCGCGGCCGCGGCAGGGAGAUGACCCUGCCGGCGUGGAUGACGGAGGGCGCGCCGGGGCAGCCGCGGCGCCCGCCGCCGGCUCCCCGGCGGGAGGACGACGAUCUGGAGCGCCGGGCUCAGGCGGCGGUCCUGUGGGAUCAGGAGAGGGAGGUCCAGGGGACCAUAUCCAGGCAGAGGGUGGCUAAGAGGGCCCUUGAGGGUUACGACUCGGUGGGAGAGCAGGCGCCCAGUGCUUCAAUGCUGAAGGGGAAACUGCUGAAGAUGGUUUCGCAAACGGGCCCCCCAAAACUGGCGCCAUCAGAGAAGGAGAGGGGUGCUGGUGACUGGACCAAUUACAUGCCCCCCAGUGCCGUCCUCCAAGCCAUCUCUGCCAGGACGCAUGGCGCAGAGGUUGCCCCUCCUCGGCCACCAGGACCUCCUGGCCCACUUCGUCCACCAGCUCCUCCACAUGCACCUUUGGAUGACAAGCAACUCCGGCAUUCAGGACUGCCAAUCCCAGGUAGCUUGCAAGGUCCUUUUCCCCCUGGCCCCCCUGGCCCCCCUGGACCUCCUGGACCCCCUGGGCCCCCUGGGCCUCCUGGGCCCCCAGGACCCCCACAACCAACAGGUCCUCCUCAGUUCAAGUUGCCAGGGCCGCCCGGUGCUCCAAGCCCAAGUCCACCAGUGGCCUUACAUCUGCAUCCCGGAAGAACACACUCUGGCAUGGAACAGGAGUCUGCAGCCUUGCAGGCCCCUGCGGUGCCCGUGUUUAGCUCAGCAUUGCCAGCAUUGGCUCAAGAGGAACGUCUUGAGGCUGGUUUUCAGGAACCAGCACAGAAUGUAACAGCAAACCUCUUGCCCCUGAAGCCCCCUGGCCCUCCUGGGCCACCGCCAGCACCAGUUGCUGCGCCCAGUGAUGUCCCACUGGCGGCUUCUGAGCAGACAAGCCCAGCUGGGCCUGGUGCCCGGGCUCAGCCUCCUCAACAGCCAACAGAGGAGAACUCCCAGGUGACUGCUGAAGCCCGAAAGGAAGAUGCAGUGUCCAGGGAGGGUUCCCAGGCAGAUAGCAGGGAAGCAGAGAUGGCGGCAGGUGAUGAAGCGGCCACGGGGGUGGAUCAGCAGCCGAAGCUAAAAGUCCGCAAGCCGUCCUACUUCUCUCGGCCUGUGCUCAAAACUGUUCAAUCUGCAGAAGAUCCUUUCAUCCCGGAUGGGGGUGCAUCUGAGCAGGAGCCUGCGGUCCAUGGGCAUGAAAGUGAGUUCUCUGAAGAGGACAAGGAGCAGGCUGCUGGUCCUGCUCAACAAUUUGAGGGGUCUGAUGGGGCAGCGAAGACCCUGCCUCCUUUGCUGAGGAGAAAGCUGAUGAUGCGGGGCAUACUGCCAGGGCCAGCCAAGGAGACCAUGAAGUCCCAGGUGCCUCAUGGGAGGGCUGACACUCCUCAGAACGGCAGUGCCCCUGCCCAGGCCGCUGCUGAUGCUCCCCCUGCCAAGGGGCCAUCGUGGGAAACAGAACCACUUCCACAGGGCUGGUUCAAGGCAGUGGACCCGACAUACAACCAUCCGUACUACUACAAUCCAACCACUGGGGAUCGUAGCUGGACCAAGCCAUGGGCCUCGCCUCCAGUGUCGUCUAUGGCUCCCCUUCCCAGUGGCUGGCUUGAGGCAAGGGAUGUCAAAACAGCCCAACCCUACUUUUACAACCCCACAUUGGGUACUUCUCAGUGGGAAAGGCCGUCGGACGCAGGGGUGGCAGCGCCAUCGACCAGCAGUGCAUUCAUCCCUUCCACCACCUUCUCUGGUUCCAGACCAGGUUAUGUGUUCAAGAGCGACUCCAGAGGUGUUGGCUAUUACAAGGAUGAACCAUCCAAGCCAGGAUCGGAGCCUGUGAUGGAGUCGAAAGUUGGACCCAGCCCAAGGAGUGUAGCCAUGGUGGUCGAUUCUGCUGAGGGCCAGCAGAGGAAGAAGGUGGAAGUUGCACACAUACAGGCAAGGAGGAACCGAGGCCGUGCCAGGGCUGAGGAAAUGGAUCCCAUGGAUCCGGCCUCAUAUUCUGAUGCACCAAAGGGCACAUGGAGCACUGGGUUGCAAGGUUCCCAGCCAAGGGCAGCAGACACCACAGCCGUUGGUCCGCUCUUUCAGCAACGUCCAUAUCCUUCGCCAGGGGCUGUGCUGAGGGCGAAUAAGCAGGCACUGGAGGGGCAGAAGUAG